AAUCCACGCAAUCGGCGAUUGAACAGUUAGUUGCGAUUCUCAGAACAGAACAGUGUGAUAACAAGUUCCACCCGACUUUAAUCAAAAAAAUCCAAAACUGAUGUGGAACUAAGUUAAUAUAAAACCAUGUCCAACUACUCCACCGGCAGACUGAAAGACUAAGUCAAGAAGCAAGAAAACAUUAUGUAUUAAGGCAAUCUUUUGGACGUGAUAACAGGCGAAUUUUUAUUUGCAUCAAUCGCACAAUAUCACCACACCACAGUGACGACGGAGUGGAGAGGCUAAAAUUUAUUAGGGCUAUUUUUAUAAAUAUUUAUUUUACGAAUUCGUACCGUACUUCUUACAUCUCUACCUCUAGUCAAGAAGUGAGAAACAGGAUCUCUUUCAUUUCGCAUUAGACCAUCUGUCCGACCACACCAGCAGGCGCUCUUGGAUAUACGUAUCAUCACCAUGAACAACAACGUCAACGGGGUGGUCGAUGGCGAAUCGGUAGUGGAGUUUUCAACCAUUGAUCCAAAAGUGCAGGAGCUGAUCAACGCGGCCAUCAAGGUACGCAACAAUGCGUACUGUCCGUACAGCAACUUUGCCGUGGGAGCAGCGUUGAGAACCAAGACCGGCGAAAUCAUAACCGGAUGCAACGUGGAAAAUGGAACGUUUGCGCCCAGUGUUUGCGCGGAACGAAAUGCCAUAUGUAAGGCCAUCAGCGAAGGAUUCCGGGAGUACGAAGCGCUCGCCGUGGUGGCCUACCAGGAGACGGAGUUCACAUCGCCGUGCGGAACCUGCCGUCAGACCUUGUCGGAGUUUUGCAACAAGAACAUGCCGGUUUACCUCGCAAAACCGUCGCCGGCUCGCGUUAUGGUAACAUCGAUUAGCAAGUUGCUGCCCCAUGCGUUCCGACCGAGCUUUCUUCUGCAGAAGUAAAGCUGCAAACAGGAACCAUGGAGCGGAGAAACUGAAGGAAAGAGGCAAUGCGACUUACAAUUCCCAAAAAGUUCCCCCGACAGUAGCGAUACACAUCAGAUAUGUCUUUUCCCACACAUACAAGUAUGUAACUGUACAUGUUUUAUCACGCAUGUUUUUAUCAUUAGACAAAGAUAUACCUACCUAAUGUCUGUUCUUUUUUUUGCGAUGGUAAGAUAAGAUUGGAGAGGUUCACGUGGUCAAACCACACAAAUUCCGCCGAGCUAGAUCUGAUGAUGAGGCUAUUAAAAACAUAAAUCAAAUCGUAGACUUGUUCAUGUUCAUAGCAAAAUAUAUAUUGUGUAAUAUAUUCCAUAUUAAAUUAUA